AUGAAAUUUCCAGAACAUUUAACAAUUGCCAUUGGAGUUGCUUUAAAUACCUUCGAAGUGAACAGAACUGAAGAAGGCGUAAAAGUUAUUGGUGGCAUUGAAGCUGAAUUAACUCGUAUAAUUUCUGAAAAUUUUAAAACUACUCUUACAUUCGUCGAAAGAUCUUCUGAGGAAGUAAACAGAGAUUUAGUCAAAGAUGAUUGCUUCCCGAACAACUCAGAUAUCAGCAUGGGGCGACUUGGCUUGUUUGAAGACGUAGCCAAAAUCGGUACACCAUCCACCCCAUAUGACUAUGGGGAAAUCAGAUUCGUCGUUAAGAAACCGCGCGAUCUUUCGAAAACAGAAGCGUUUAUUUUUCCUUUUAAAAUUUGGAUAUGGAUCUCCAUUCUGUUUUUAGUUAUUAUUAUGCCUCUUAUUCAUCGUUCCCUGUAUCGAGAUCGAAUUGGCAUGAUGGAUUUAUUUUUUAAUGUUGUCGCAAAUUUAUUACAGAAACCAUAUCCGAUUAAAAUAUCGCCAACAUUCGGAGAUAGAUCCAUGACAAUAUUUUGGCUCUUGGGCAGCUUAAUUUUGGUGUUUUCGUACACGUCAACAGUAUUGUCUUACUUAAUGGUUUCCACUACUGAACCAGCACUUGAUACAGUUCUAAAGUUGCAUCAAGCUGUUGAAAGCGGCACACACAAAUGCGCCGUUUUGAAAGGUGCGAGCACGACUUUAUUUAUGAGAACUAGUGGACAAUCCAUUGUUCGAAAUUUAGGAGAGAGAAUAUUUCAAAACAAAUGGAUGAUUGACUAUUUACCUCGAAGUAUUUUAAACGCGGUCAAUAAAGGGAAUUUUGCCGUAUUUAUGCCACAUUUCUUAAUCAAGUCAUUGCCUUUAAGUCAAGUAACAAUUUCAAAAGACAAUAUAUACUCUUCUGGGGUUGUUCUAUAUUCAAAAGAAGAUUUUUGUUGCAGAGAAGAACUUGAUAUGUUUCUUCUAAGAUUGACAGAAGCUGGAUUGUAUCAGAAGAUCUCGAACGAUUACUUUUUUAAACUGCUUUUACCCAGCAAGUUCUCAAGUUCUAGAGCAACAUCAAGCGAAACCAGAGCCUUGACAUCGAUGGAUAUUGUGGGGGCUUUUAUAUCUUUAGUCGCGGGAUGGGUUUUUUCUACAACUGUUUUGAUUGGAGAACUUCUUUGUUGUGAGUUAGGAAGAAAUAAGAUUCAAAUAAAAGAUUUCAAAGGGGUGUCCAUUGAACAUAAUUUUUGCUAA